UGCAAAUAGUGGUGUCUUCAGACAGAGACACAGUAAUUUAGCCGUUUACAGAUUAGAGAUGUCUCAGAAUAUUUACGAUGAUGUGAUCAGCGUUGAAGAGCUGAAAAGAGGACAGCGAGUCGAGGUGGAGGUGGUUAUUUAUGAGAGUGCAGACACUGUUAGACGCCAUGACCCCAACACGGACAUGGAGGCCCCCAACAGCAAGAGGAAAGCAGAAAUUCACAACACAGGUGGAGACAUAGCACAGAGUAAAUGCAGCAGACUGCCUGCAGUGUGUCUGGGGCUGCUGUGUGUUCUCUUGCUGACUGCCAUCACAGUGCUGUGGAUCAAGUUCAACAACCUGACUAUUGAGAGAGACCAGAUACAGACCAGCUACACCAGCCUGACUAGAGAGAGAGACCAGUUACAGACCAGCUACACCAGCGUGACUACAGAGAGAGACCAGUUACAGACCAGUUACUCAAACCUGACUAUAGAGAGAGACCAGUUACAGUCCAGUUACUCAAACCUGACUAUAGAGAAAAAACAGUUACAGAUCAAAAACACCAACCUGACUAUAGAGAGAAACCAGUUAGAGAAGGAAAGAGAUGGAUUCUGUGAAAUGCUUUCGAAACUGGGGUGGAUCUACUUCAGCUCCAGCCUUUACUACAUCUCUACUGAGAAGAAGAGCUGGAGUGAGAGCAGACAGGACUGCAGAGAGAAAGGAGCAGACCUGCUGAUCAUAAACAGCAGAAAGCAACAGGAGUUCAUCAGUGAAGCAUUUGGCAGCUCUGAAGCUUGGAUUGGUCUGAGGGAUGUUGACACAGAGGGGGUCUGGAAAUGGAUGGACAAAUCAACACUGACCACUAAGUUCUGGUGGACAGGGGAACCCAAUGAUUAUGGAAAUGAGGACUGUGCUAUAACUGGCUAUAAACGUGCUGUAUCUGAACAUUUAUCAACCUGGGCGGAUUAUUCCUGUGAUCAUCUUGUAGUUGGAAUCUGUGAGAAAAAAAAGAACUAAGAGUGAAUGACACUUUUUUUCAUUCUUGAAAUAAUGGAAGAAUAGAAUACUUGCAAUUCAUCAACACACUUACUGAUCAGUUUCAACUACUAAACCAUUAUAAAGAUUAGGAUAUGUGCAUGUUUUUUGUUCAUAGAUUAAAAAGACGUUAGAUAGAAUACUAUGAAUUCCUGUGCUGAAUUUUGUUACUAAUUUUGCCACCUUAGCAAGCACACUGAGCUUGAUUGUAUGGGUGGGGCUACAAACAGUGCAGACCAUUAAUUGGUCAAACACAGUGUUAGACAUGGCUAUUGUCAUAACCAGUUUAGACAGUAACAGUCCAAGUAAUACAGCAGCUACCAAACACAUUGAGCAGCUUCAGAUGUACAUCAUUCUCUAUCUUUGCCAUCACUUGCAGUCAAAGCUGCAUUACUGAGAAAGUGUCAGACUGACAGCAACUCAGCUCAGCCUAUUAUUUACUCUUCCUGAUGAAGACAGAGCACUAUUACAACAAUACAAAUUGCUGUGGAAUAAAAACUAGAGCUGUAUGGAUGACCUCUACUUACAGAUUGCAUAUUUAUACAUUUAAAAAAUUAAACCGUGUAACUUUUUGGUCAUGUCAGCAAUGCUAGAUGACAAAGUACUUGACCACUCAAAGACAUAAAAAACAACACUAUGUAUUUCAUUGGUUAAACUCACCUGCUCAGCUGAAAACACCUCUGUCCUCCUUUUCUAGCUGAAAAACAUGACACCAUUGUUCACUCUGGUUCUUUGCCAACGCUGGUCUCUUAGUUUUCUUUUUUUGUGAUUUGCGUUUGUUGUAUGUGACCUAUUGCUCCUUGCUGGAGACUCCCCAUCGUUUCUGCUUGUAAAGAGUAGUGAUGAGCCUCCAUGAUCAUUUUUCCAUUCAAUACUCAGCAACACACAGCUCACCUGUCAGGUACUGCAUUGUACUUCAUUGAAUGAUCCAUGGGAAAGUGACUACCAUAGCCUUAACAGCUUUAACCAAUGAGUCUAUAUCAAGGGUGCACAUCUGGGCUGCUGUACAGCACAGUUUGGCACAGUACAGCGCAGUACAGCACAGUUUGGUGCACAUCUGGGCUGGUGUACAGCACCGUUUGGAGGUUUCCCUGCUUAACCACACCCACUAAACCAUGCAAUUAAUAGACCGGUGUAAUCAGGUGUGCUUGAGCAGAUUAAGCACCAAAUAGUAUUGGACACUGGCCUUACAGGACUGGAGUCGUGCAGAUCAGUUACAGUGAUAUGAUUACAGAGAGAGAUCAGGUACAAAUCAGUUAUAAUGAUACAAUUACAGAUAGAGACCAGUUACAGACUAGAUAUAAUGGCAUUAUCAUAGAGAGAGAAACCAAUUAUAGACCAGUUACAAUGACAUGAUCAUAGAGAGAGAAAAGUAAUGGACCUGUUAAUGAUACAUGUUUCUGAUUGAUUGUGAAAUUCUAUUGUGGUUAGAUGCCUUCCGCCCAAUGACCGCUGGGAUAGGCUCCAGCAUACCCCCGUGGAUGGAGAGAGAAGUGGCUUAGAAACUGUGUGUGUGUGUGUGUGUGUGUGUGUGUUUGUGUGUGUGUGAUCUGGUUAGAUGCAAAUUGCAUUUCAUUGGCUCUUUACCUGUACUCUGCACAAUUACAAUAAAGUUAAAUCUAAGCUAAUCUUAUGUAAUCUGAUUCUCUCUAUAGCUGCUGUUGACAGAUUCUCAGUUCUGCAUUUAUUUUGUCUCAACAAAACAAUGCAUUUAUUACUGCAUAGCACCAUCUGCUGGUUAGAAACACUCUGGCUUCUGUCACAGAUGCUUCCUCUGUAUGAGCUGAAUGUCAGUGAGUUAUUUCCGUAUCUGUGAAUCUCAUCAGAUUGGUCCCUGUUGCCCUCAGCAUGCCCAUGUCAGCUUGUCUGGACCUAAAUUACUAUAAA